UCUGAAUUUGGGAGUUCCUUUGAUAGCUGCGCGAACUUCAAAACGGUAGCCAUUUGCGCCACGAAGGCUACGUUCGUCGUGUGUGUGAAUUUGUGGAAUUAUAGGUUAGAGUGCUAAUUUAAGAAAAUAUAAGUGCGUCAAUACCGCCUGUAAAGGCAUAGGGCACGACAAAGUAUCGUUUUAUGCCCUAAAAGCGCGGAGAGCGCGUCAAAUGACAGCCGUGAACACCAGAAAUGAAGAUAGACACCAAUUCACACACGACACAAAAUAAUAUUACAAGAGUGCAUAUUUCUGACAACACUUCGCGUUGAGUUUGAACGUAACCUCAAAAAUCUUGACUAACAUUAGUGCAAUAAGGACAAAGUCAGUGGAACCAUGAAAAUACCGGAGACAUCGGCUAACGUUGGAGCAUAUUAUGGAAACGAGGAAAAUGGACAGUGGCAGCCAAACGGCGUGAUUAUCGACAGCGGCGUCGGCGGCGGCGUGGUGGGAAGCGGCGACGCCGGCGUGCACCGUCCGCCGGUCUAUCCCAUGCACAUGCCGCGCCCGCAUAUCCCGGCUGGCUACGUGAUGGCGGGCGCUUUCUACCCGCCAGCGCCCUUUCCAGUAGCGGCGCCGCAGGACGACUUCGAGGACUACAUGUGGAUGGAAAAUGAGGAAGAGUUCGAUAAGCAGGUGAUGCAGCAGUUGGAAGAGGAAGCCCUGAUGGAACAGUGCAUCGAGGCGAUGUUAGAAGAUGAGCAGAGGGAACGCGCGAGAGCGCCGCACGCGAGGCACAACCACGCAAGACCCGCGCCGCACACAAGCAGCAACGGCCAAGCGUUAUCCCUGGAAGAAACAGUAUCCCGGUCAACACUCAACCCGUUGGCGGCCGAGUUUGUGCCCACGUUUGGGCGGAGGGAACCGCCGCCAGCAGAAGACAAACCAGAGACGCCGCCUGAGGCCGCUCCGUCCACAGAAGCCAGUCCGGCGGUCACGGAGGACACUACAGAACACACACAAAGCGCAGAGGAGAACACAGAAACACACACAGACGUUAAGACUGAAGUUGCAGAGCCCACGACGCCGCCAACGCCCACAGCCGUUACAGAGGAAAGUCCGGACGACAAAAGGCCGAAGGACGCCAAGAAAGAUGUCAAGAAAGAAGCCAAGAAACCCGCCGCCAAGGUCGAAGUCAAGCCCAAGGCAAAACCAGCGCCCGUCAAGUCGGAGCCCAAAGUAGCCGCCAAGAAGAAGGACGCACGCCCAGCGCGGAGCGAGCCUGCCCUCGACGCCACAGUGCCUACAGCGCCGACAACGCCGACAGUCGCAGCUAACGCGACCACAGUGCCUACAGUGUCUGCGGUACCACCAGCGCCCGCGGAAGCACCUAAGGUAGGAAACACUUGUCUAUAA